CCAUUCACCAUGUGGAGUCUGUUGGUUCUUUGCAGUGUGCUCGCCACGCAUAGAGUGCAAGAAACGACUGCGUGGACAACACCUCCAGAAACGACUGCGUGGACAGCACCUCCAGAAACAACUCCAGAACCAGAAUACACAGCAACGACUGCACCACCAGAAACAACAGCAACGACUGCACCACCAGAAACAACAGCAACGACUGCACCACCAGAAACAACAGGACACAGGUCCUGUCGUUACAACUGUGGUUAUGACCUGGGAGUCUGCUCCUGCCGCAGCUCAUGUAACUACUAUGGUACCUGUUGCUAUGACUACAACAACUACUGCCUUGGAACGACAGCACCUCCAGAAACCACAGCAACGACUGCACCACCAGAAACAACAGCAACGACUGCACCACCAGAAACAACAGCAACGACUGCACCACCAGAUACAACAGGACACAGGUCCUGUCGUUACAACUGUGGUUAUGACCUGGGAGUCUGCUCCUGCCGCAGCUCAUGUAACUACUAUGGUACCUGUUGCUAUGACUACAACAACUACUGCCUUGGAACAACAACAGCACCAACAGAUACAACAACAGCUCCAGAAACGACUAUGGCGACUGCACCACCAGAUACAACAGGACACAGGUCCUGUCGUUACAACUGUGGUUAUGACCUGGGAGUCUGCUCCUGCCGCAGCUCAUGUAACUACUAUGGUACCUGUUGCUAUGACUACAACAACUACUGCCCUGGAACAACAACAGCACCACCAUAUACAACAGCACCUCCAGAAACAACUCAGACGACUGAACCACCAGAAACAACAGGACACAGGUCCUGUCGUUACAACUGUGGUUAUGACCUGGGAGUCUGCUCCUGCCGCAGCUCAUGUAACUACUAUGGUACCUGUUGCUAUGACUACAACAACUACUGCCUUGGAACAACAACAGCACCAACAGAUACAACAACAGCUCCAGAAACGACUAUGGCGACUGCACCACCAGAUACAACAGGACACAGGUCCUGUCGUUACAACUGUGGUUAUGACCUGGGAGUCUGCUCCUGCCGCAGCUCGUGUAACUACUAUGGUACCUGUUGCUAUGACUACAACAACUACUGCCCUGGAACAACAACAGCACCAGCAGAAACGACUACGGCAACUGCACCACCAACAACCACAGGACACAGGUCCUGUCGUUACAACUGUGGUUAUGACCUGGGAGUCUGCUCCUGCCGCAGCUCGUGUAGAUACAAUGGCAACUGUUGCAAUGACUACAACUAUUACUGCCCUGCAACGACUGCACCACCAACAACCACAGGACACAGGUCCUGUCGUUACAACUGUGGUUAUGACCUGGGAGUCUGCUCCUGCCGCAGCUCGUGUAGAUACAAUGGCAACUGUUGCAAUGACUACAACUAUUACUGCCCUGCAACGACUGCACCAACAACCACAGGACACAGGUCCUGUCGUUACAACUGUGGUUAUGACCUGGGAGUCUGCUCCUGCCGCAGCUCGUGUAGAUACAAUGGCAACUGUUGCAAUGACUACAACUAUUACUGCCCUGCAACGACUGCACCACCAACAACCACAGGACACAGGUCCUGUCGUUACAACUGUGGUUAUGACCUGGGAGUCUGCUCCUGCCGCAGCUCGUGUAGAUACAAUGGCAACUGUUGCUAUGACUACAACUACUACUGCCCCGUAACGGAAACAACAACGAGACCCACAACGCAAACCUCAGAAUAUGUCACCUGUCGUAACAACUGUGGCAGAGAGUGGGCAGUCUGUUCCUGCGCAAGCUCCUGUGAACGCUACGGCAACUGUUGCUAUGACUAUCACUCCCACUGCUCAAUCUCAACCACAACCCCAGUUAACAUGUCCUGUCGUUACAACUGUGGUUGGAACAUGGGAGUCUGCUCAUGCGCCAACUCUUGUGUACAACAUGGCACCUGUUGCCCAGACUACUACCCCGUCUGCGCAACACCAUCCACAACACCAGCACCGGCCUGUGGAGGUUCCCAGUACAGUUCUGGAUACUUCACCAGCCCAAACCAUCCCCACUACUACCAGGAUGGCGCCAACUGCGUCUGGUACCUCAAAACUUCACAUGACCAAAGAAUCUUCCUGUCAUUCUUAUUCCUGGAAUUGGAGAACUGCUGCUCCUGUGACUACAUUAACAUCUACGAUGGGCCGUCUCUUAAUUCACGAUACUUGGGCAAAGUGUGCGAGGGCAGCACAAGCUCCUUCUCCUCCAGCUCCAACACCAUGACGGUACAUUUCAGGAGCGAUCAGUCGGUGGUUGGCCGUGGAUUCAAAGCUGAGUUCAAGAGUAUUCUGCCACCACACUCAGGUCGAGUUCACUGUUCCUCAUAUGACAUGGAAAUUGUGAUUGAGAGAAGCUACCUGAGCUCUGUCGGCUAUGAUGGCAAAACUCUGUACCUGGACGACCCACAAUGCAAACCCACGGUUACCUGGAGCCAGGUGGUCUUCAGAUACCCUCUCGAAUCUUGUGGCAACGUUCGAAAGUUUCAGAAUGGCAGCGCUAUCUACACCAACGCUGUCCGUGCCUACAACAGCAUACCCACCGGAGAGAUCACGCGCCUGUCUCACUUUAAGCUGAUUGUGGACUGUCGGAUGGCGAAGGACUCAGUGUCCCAUAAUAUGUACCUUGCACACAGUAUAAAUGACAGCACCAUUAUCGGAUCAGGCAGAUUCAACUCCACCAUGCAUUUCUACACUAGUGAUGGCUUCCACACCAUUGUCACCGAAUCUCCGCAUCAAGUGUCGCUUAACCAGUACCUGUUUAUCGAAGUCCGACUGGAUCGCUUUGACAGUGCGCUGAUUCUCGCCUUUGACAGCUGUGUGGCCUCGCCAAAUAAAGACGACUUCCACACCAGACCUUACUACCUGAUCCGCAACGGAUGUGAAGCGGACAGCACUGUCUACAUUCACUACAAACACAAUCCUCAACACUACGCACGUUUCCGAGUCAAGGCCUUCCAGUUCCUUCGAGCCUCAGAUCGCGUGUAUCUCCAGUGCAAGGUCCUGAUAUGCGAUAGAAGUGAUCAGAAUUCACGCUGCCGCCAUAUGUGCAUGAAGCGUAGGACCAGGAGACAUCUUGGGUCAGAACAGGCCAGCCAAACUCUGAUCUUGGGUCCUAUUCAACUCAAAGAACCUGAGAAGAUUGAAGAUCCUGUGCAGAUCAAGGUUUAACUUGUUCUUUCGACUCUUCAUACUAACCUUACUAAUCACAAUACUUGAUUAACCUGAUUAAAAGCAUCAUCAAAAGGCAA